CACUAUUACCACCAUCGUCGCCACAUUCCCACCUAUAUAUCAACCGCUGUAUUGGCGAAGAUCGUGUGACGUCACAACUUUGUGCUCCUCAGCCUCGGUGAGCGAGUUUCUUCCAUCAUGGAGGUCAAAGUCAGGAGCGGGAGUGUUUUUACCAGCAUCAAGGUGUUCGUGGCGUGUCACAGCGCACUGCAGCUGUCGCUGCUUCUGGUCUCGGGCUACAUGAAAAGCUCCAUCUCCACCAUCGAGCGACGCUACGGUCUCUCCAGUCAGAAGUCCGGACUCCUGGCCGCCUUCAACGAGGUGGGCAACACGCUCCUGAUCGUGUUCGUCAGCUUCCUGGGGAGUCGGGUUCACCGCCCUCGCGUCAUCGGCUUCGGCGCUCUGCUGGCCUGUUUGGCCUCGUUGCUGAUGGCGCUCCCGCACUUCCUGACCGGGCCGUACCGCUACGGCGACCGGCGCAGCGAGUACGCCGACCCGACCCGGAACGUGUCUGACCUGUGCCGGCCGGACGGCGGCCUCCCUGUCGCCGCCGCACCGUCGUCCGAUCGGACGAGCUGCGUCGGGCGGGAGAGCGCCGCCCACCAGGGCGUCUACCCUCUUCUGCUAUUUGCUCAGCUGCUGCUGGGCGUCGCUUCCGUGCCCGUGCAGCCUUUCGGCAUCUCUUACAUCGACGACUACGCCGGCCGGAAGAACUCGCCGCUCUACCUCGGAAUCCUACUGGCCGUCACGGCCAUCGGCCCCGCGUUCGGGUUCCUCAGUGGCGCCUUCAUGCUACGAUUCUACGUCGACUUUGACAAGAUGCCCGCAGAUCAAGUGGAGUUGGAUCGCGGUGACCUGCGCUGGGUGGGUGCCUGGUGGCUGGGUUUCCUGGUGGCCUCCUGUCUCCUCUUCUUGGCGGCGCUGCCCUACUUCUUUUUUCCCAGGAACAUGACCCCAAAGGAUGAAUCCGAGUCAGACAAAAAGCUUCCGUCGGAUAUUUUCCAGGAAGUCGGCCUUCUUCGCUUCCUUAAAAGUUUUCCCAGCAUGUUGUGCCGGACCCUGCGGAGUCCGGUCUACCUUUUGGUGGUUUUGGCCCAGGUCAAUCUGGCCGCCAUGGUGGCCGGCCUCGCCACGUUCAUGGCCAAGUUCAUCGAGAAGCAGUUCAGCCAGACGGCGGACUUCUCCGCCGUGAUUAUCGGCGGCGUGUGCAUCCCGCUAGCCGUGCUGGGAACCGUCCUGGGCGGAGUCCUGAUGCGCCGAUGGUCUCUCGGCGUCGGCGCCGCCGGAAAGUUCUGUGCCGCCGCGAUCGCGCUCGGCCUUUUAUGCGGCUUCCCGCUGGUCUUCACGGGUUGCCCCACUCAGCAGAUCGAUGGAGUCUUCCCGCCUCGGCGUGAGAUGCCGCUGUGCAGCUCGGCGUGCCGGUGCUCGGAGGAUUCCUUUCGUCCGGUGUGCGCUUCGGACGGCGUCGAGUUCACGUCUCCGUGUCGGGCCGGCUGCCUCGCCGCGGAAACGGACGGCGCCGACAAAGUGGCGAACUUCACGGACUGUCGCUGCGUGGGCGGGGGCGGCGGCGGCGGCGGCGGCUCGGCCGCGCCCGGAACGUGCGGCGGCGGGUGCGGCCGCCUCCUGUUGCCCUUUGUGGUCAUGAUGGCCGUCACCUGCUUCACGGCGUCGCUGUCCCAGACUCCGUCCUUUGUCAUGAUCCUCAGGCGAGAAAAUUCACAAAACGGACGUCGAGCCGUCGCCGCGGCCGCUUACUCGCACGUGCGUGUUUACAUACAGGACGGUGUCGGCGCGGGACAAGUCGUUGGCGGUGGGCGUCCAGUACAUGCUCUUCAGGGUUCUCGCCUUCAUGCCGUGCCCGGUGGUGUACGGCUCGGUCAUCGACACCACGUGCGUCCUGUGGGACAGGAAGUGCGGCGAGCAGACUUCCUGUCUCUACUACAACUUGGACCGCUUCAGACACAGGUUUUUGGGUGUCCAGGGUCUCUUCAUGUGCGGGGGUCUGAUUUGCUUCCUCCUGACCGUGCUGGUCCUGCGCAAAAGGGGGGCGGCCGACCGGGGUGUGUACGAGCUGGCCGACGAGCGCGCCAAAGAAGAGGAAGUGAAUCGAGGACGCACCUGAGGAGGACCCUGCAUUUCUCCCCUAUCCUCGAUGUCCUUUUUAGAUCCGCGUACCCUACUGAUAGUAGACGUCCGACAUACUACACUAGUAGGGCGAAGGAUAUCGAGGACAUGAAGAAAUGCUGAAGUAGCAAAACAUCAGACGCCGAUUCCACUUCCUCUUUGUCACGCGCAAAUCCGCCGACAUCCACCAGGGGAACUGAUUCCAAAUCCAAACGACGUGCAAAUGUCACGCAGCAAUAAUCUUGUGUCCAAAGAGUUUGUGUGAAAGAAGCCUGGGUAUGGAAGUCUUUCUUUCUGUCUAUGUGUGCGUAUACAUACUGUACAUGGUUGGGUGACCACGGAUGUUUGUGGGUUUACUUUGCUCGGUGAGGGUGUUUGUUCUUUUCCCCCGAUGUUGUUCAUUUCCCUCUUUGUGGACUCAAGGAGAGGAAGGGAGGAAGCGUUUUCCUUUUCCGGACGGACCUCAGGAAUGUGACGAUCAAAUCAAAACCACAUGGCAAGCGCGCACUCCUCACAGAUGGGAGGAGACGAGAGCGUGUGCCUGUGAAAGUCUUCCUUCUGUUUUCUGUUGUUGAAUUCCAAUGUUUUUGGUUGUUUUUUUUUAUUUGCAUUCUUAACCAACCACAGUGUCAUGUUAGACGGUAAAGUUGACAAAUAAAGAUGUUAUACAGUCGAGCACCUUUUGUUCCAUUGCCGUGUUUAUUGAAUCACGGUACGGAAACGUGGCACGUGAAAAUGAUCUUUUGGUGUAAAAAUCC